CGCGGCCCGGUGCCCACGGCGGGCCUCGGCCCCGCGCCCCGGCACCCCGACCCGGGAGGCUGUGACAAUGGACUAUGACUUUAAAGUGAAGCUGAGCAGCGAGCGGGAGCGGGUCGAGGACCUGUUUGAAUACGAGGGCUGCAAAGUUGGUCGAGGCACUUACGGGCACGUCUACAAGGCGAAGAGGAAAGAUGGGAAGGACGAUAAAGACUAUGCUUUAAAACAAAUAGAAGGAACUGGAAUCUCCAUGUCGGCAUGCAGAGAAAUAGCAUUACUCCGAGAGCUUAAGCACCCAAACGUCAUCUCUCUUCAGAAGGUGUUUCUGUCUCAUGCUGAUCGGAAAGUAUGGCUUCUCUUUGACUAUGCUGAACAUGACCUCUGGCAUAUAAUUAAGUUUCACAGAGCUUCAAAAGCCAAUAAGAAGCCAGUUCAGUUACCUCGGGGAAUGGUGAAGUCGCUGCUGUACCAGAUCUUGGAUGGGAUUCACUAUCUUCACGCCAACUGGGUGUUGCACAGGGAUUUGAAACCUGCUAAUAUUUUAGUUAUGGGUGAAGGUCCUGAGCGAGGAAGAGUAAAAAUUGCGGACAUGGGCUUUGCCCGAUUAUUUAAUUCACCUUUGAAGCCUUUAGCAGAUUUGGAUCCAGUGGUUGUAACAUUCUGGUACCGAGCUCCAGAAUUACUCCUCGGAGCACGACAUUAUACCAAAGCAAUUGAUAUUUGGGCUAUAGGGUGUAUAUUUGCAGAACUACUAACGUCAGAACCAAUAUUUCACUGUCGACAAGAGGACAUCAAAACUAGUAAUCCUUAUCACCAUGACCAGCUGGACAGAAUAUUCAAUGUAAUGGGAUUCCCUGCAGAUAAAGAUUGGGAAGAUAUAAAAAAGAUGCCCGAACAUUCAACAUUAAUGAAAGAUUUCAGAAGAAAUACGUACACCAACUGCAGCCUUAUCAAGUACAUGGAGAAGCAUAAAGUUAAACCUGACAGUAAAGCAUUCCACUUGCUUCAGAAGUUGCUCACUAUGGACCCAAUAAAGCGAAUUACCUCAGAGCAGGCCAUGCAGGACCCCUACUUCCUAGAAGACCCACUUCCCACGUCUGAUGUUUUUGCCGGUUGUCAGAUCCCUUACCCCAAACGAGAAUUUUUAACAGAAGAAGAACCUGAUGACAAAGGAGACAAAAAGAACCAGCAGCAGCAGCAGGGCAAUAACCACACGAAUGGAACCGGCCACCCUGGGAACCAGGACAGUGGCCAUGCACAGGGGCCCCCCUUGAAGAAAGUGCGAGUCGUCCCUCCUACCACUACCUCAGGUGGACUCAUCAUGACCUCUGACUAUCAGCGUUCCAAUCCACAUGCUGCUUAUCCCAACCCUGGACCAAGCACAUCACAGCCCCAGAGCAGCAUGGGAUACUCAGCUACCUCCCAGCAGCCUCCACAGUACUCCCAUCAGACACAUCGGUACUGAGCUGUGUGGAGUCUGUCAGUGCACUGUUGCUCAUGCUGCAGGGCUGGCUGCGGCACCCUGCGGGACCCUGGUGUGGGCCACGAGAAUGUACUGUGCAACCACAUCUUCACAACAACGUCCAGUAGCCGAGUUCCACCAGUGGUCACAGUUGGGGUGGUAGCUGCCAGGUUGUACCUAAGUUUGGAGUUAGACUUGAAAGUGCUAGCACAGUUGUGUUGUGGGCUUGCUACUUCCAUAGUUUACUUGACAUGGUUCAGACUGACCAAGCAUAGUUUUCAGUGACAGUCUGUAGCAGUUGAAGCUGUGAAAUGUGCUAGGGCGAGCAUUUGUCCUCGUGUGUGGUGACUCUGAGUGUAACAGCGUUAUCUGACCAAUAGUACACACAGACGCAAGGUUUAACUGGUACUUGAAACACAGAUCAUGUUAACAGAAUAACAGAGGUUCAAAGGUUAUUUUGGUACAUCUUUCUUUUUAGUGUCUUACCAGUGGGUUGAUUCAUCUUCUACAUAAAUCAGUGUUUUAUGACCAAGAAUACUGCUUGGAUUGUUUUGAAAGUACAAAAGAACCACGUAGUUUCUACUGACAGGUUUCAGAACUCCCAAAGAUUAAUUUCCAACUUAGAGGCUUG